AUGUUGUCAGAAGAAAUCUUGAGUAAACUUCAACAUAUUGAUUACUGGAAAAGAUCGUAUGAAGAGUGGAAAGUGGAUACAUGGGACUUUUUUUACUUUAAGAAAUACCCUAAUGAAACAAAGAGGAAAUCGCAUAGUGCUCUGGCUAUUGAACUGGAAGUGUUGAUAAAAUAUUUAAGACCAAAGACAAGAAAGGGUCGGAAAGUGUUGGAUCUAAAACGUAAAUUGAAAUCUGGAAAAAAAGAUGGUGAAAGAGAAAACAUAACUCAUACUUCUUUUCCUCCUACUUCUGCUAAAAAAAGUAAUAUUGAUGAAAAAGAUAAUCCAAAGAAGAGGCUUAAGCCAGAUCAUGAAGCUUCUACAGAGGUCUCUUUGACAAAAAUCAUUCAUAAUAUAUUACCAGACCUGGUCUAUCUUCAGUUGAGACAUUAUAAAUCAGAUUCAAGCACCAUAUCUGUUGAACAACGGUUUCCUGAUAGGAUUUCAAACUGGGUAGGGUUCAAAGAAGAGGUGCGAUCAUGGCAGUCAGAGUACAUCAAUAAGCGAUACAAAAAACCAGUAUUUGGAUCACACAGAUCAAUUUGCUUUCUAGAUGGCCGUGCUUUGGAAGAUAUGGCUGGAGAGCCAGAUUUCAUAGUGGUUGAUGAAAACUGCAAAGCACUUAUACCCUUUGAAUAUAAAACAAUAUGGGUUUUAAAGGUGCCUUCUAAUAAGAACAUUGUAUCACUUUAUCUUCGGGAAAAGAAGACUCGAAAGGGAAAAUAUGCAGGUUCAAAAGAUACUACAGUUUACGAACCUAUAAAUCAAAUUUAUGGAUAUAUGUGUGCCAAUAAAUUAUGUUAUGGCGUAUUAUCAACGUUCAAUCAAACAUGGUUUCUUAAAAGAGGUGUAAAGGAAGAUCAAGGGUGGUUGCAAAUAUCAGAUGUCAUUACUAACACAUCAACAGACCCUACAUUGCUCAAAUCAGUUGCCUAUGUAAUUUUCACUGCCACUAGUAAUCGAUAUUCACCAUUCAUUGAAAAGCCUGCAAUGUUUGCUGUUAAAGAGUUAUCUUCUGAUACAUCAGAUGAAGAACAAAAGGAUGAUAAAGAUCUUAAAUACAAGGGAAAGAAUAACACAUCUUCAAAAGGGCUAAAUGUUAUAACCCGAAGUCAAAGCCGCCAAGCACUUGGAUCUUUGGGCAAUAUAUUGGCUUCCUAA